AUGGGUCACAUGCAUCUGCUCUCUGUCGCCGGCGUCGUCGCCAUCGCUUCCGCAGCUCGUCGCGUUCGCGACCCCAGCCCGUCGCCUUCGAUCCGCCCGUCGCCUUCACUUCCCCCCCCGUCGCCCCUACUCGCCCCCCUCCCCCCGCUCCGUUGCCUUCAUUUCCCCCUCCCGUCGCCUUCACUUCCCCCUCUCGUCGCCUUCACUUCCCUCUCUCGCCGCCUUCACUUCUCCCCCUCCCGUGGCCUUCACUUCCCCCCAUCCCGUUGCCUUCACUUCCCCCCAUCCCGUCGCCUUCACUUCCCCCCCGGAGUGUUCGCCUUCACUUCCCCCCCUCUCGUCGCCUUCUCUUCCCCUUCCCGUCGCCUUCUCUUCCCCUUCCUGUCGCCUUCUCUUCCCCCUCCCGUCGCCUUCAAUUCCCCCUUCCGUCGCCUUCACUUCUCCCCCCCGAUGCCUUCAAUUCCCCCUCCGGUCGCCUUCCCCGCAUGCCGCACUUGCUUUCCCGCCCUUCACACUUGCUUCCCCACCCGUCGCCUUCACUUCCCCUUCCAUUGCCUUUCGCUCUCUCCCUGCUCACUCUCUUUCCCACUGCUCACUCUCUUCCCCCCUGCCCACUCUUUUUCCCACCCUUCACUCUCUCCUCUCCUGUUCACCCCCUGUUCUCACCCCUCUUCCCCCCUUCACUCAACCGUUCCCCCCUGCUCAACCUCUUUCCCUCUGCUCACUCUCUUCCCCCCUGCUCUCUCUCUUUAA